AUGGCAGAGAGCAGCUGCCGCUGGGAUCUCCAUUUGGUGCUGAGCCACCAGAGGUGUUCCUGAGGCUGUCGGUGCUGGUGGGGUGAGUUGAGGGGCUGUUGUCGGAGUCUCUGGUAGUGAAGGGCUCGCAGGUGGCUGUGGUUAAAACACCAGCAGUGGGUGGAGGAAGUGUGGUGGCAAUUCCUGUCAUGGAAGUCUUUGGAGCAGAACCCGCUAGUCAUCUUGGCCCGGGUGCAGCACUUUAGAAGGCCUGCUUUGCCCGGAGAGAUGCCUUCCUUAGCACUGAGGCCAGGACUUCGCUGGUGCCACGCUUUGGGACAACAACAGCCAGUCAGUGCAGGUUAUCUUGCCAGGCAGAGCAGCCUGCCUCACAGCUGUGCGGUGCAGAUCCUCGCCCCCUACCCGCUCUCCAAAGUGGGAUGUCUCCCUAAGAUAAGGCCAAAGACUUCUCCCUUUGCAGCCUGCGUGUGACUCCAGCAGCUCAGUGACAUUCCCUGGGACUUGGCAGCAUGCUCCCCGUGGACUGUGUCCUCCUCUUGCUGGUCUUUGAAACUGGCCAAGCUGAGGAGCCCUGCAAGGGCCAAGAGGAUUAUGAGUGCCCCAAGCCAUACCAGGAUGUCUACAGCAAAACUAGGGAUGUCACGGAGAUUCCAUCAUCAGCAAAUCCCAUCAUCACGGAGAUGUUCUUUGUGGAGACCAGCCUUGCUGAAAUCAAGGAGGGCGCCUUCCAGAACAGGCCCAACCUGGAGAAACUUCUGUUUAUUGGCAACAAGAUUAAAGCCGUGGAGGUGGGAGCGUUUGACAACUUAGAGAAACUGGUGGAGCUGGAAAUCACUGGGGCAGAGCUAGGCGACCUCCCCUUGGGCACCUUCCGAUCUCUUCCUCGGCUGCAAAAGCUGAAUCUGCGAGACUCGGGCGUCAAAGGGAUCGAGAAAGGACUCUUUGAAGGUCUUGGGGACUUGGAGGAGAUUUAUCUGCAUUGGAAUGAUAUUCCUUCUCUCCCUGAUGGAGUCUUUGAUGGGCUUCCCAACUUGUCCUUUCUACACUUGGCCAAAAACAAGAUUGCAGGCAUCUCGAAGGACGUCUUCCAGCAGCUUCCUCGGCUGAAGACCCUCCGGCUGUACGAGAAUGAGAUCAGCGGCCUCCCAGAGGGGCUCCUGGACAGUCAGCACGGCCUGACGGAGCUCAGCCUCCAGAAGAACAAGAUCCGAACUCUGCCUCCCGACUUGUUAAGGAAUAAGCCCAGCCUGGAGAAGCUGUCUCUGGACAGCAACCACUUCGAGACCCUCCCAGACAAGGCGUUCUUUGGACUGAGGAAACUGAAAGUGCUGAAUCUGGCUUCCAAUCGGCUUAAACACCUCCCUGGUCAGCUGUUUGGAGAGAUGCCUUUGCUCACGCAGCUGGACCUGAGCAAGAACAGUUUGCAGGCUCUUCUGGAGGGUGUGUUUGUCAACCUCACAGGUGUCACAAAGCUCACCUUGUCCCUGAACCAGCUGACACGUCUCCCUCCCGGUGCCUUUACAGGCCUCGACAAACUGUCGGAGCUCAACAUAGAGGCGAACAAUCUCUCAUCCCUGGAGGCCCUGAUGCCGCCUUCGCUGGCAGGGCUGAAAACCCUCAGGCUCCGCCAGAACCACCUGGAGAGCGUUCCUGUGGGUCUCUUCGACAACUUUGCAAAGCUCGCCUCUGUGCAUCUCAGUGAGAAUCCAUGGAGGUGUGACUGCCUCCUUCUCUACCUCCACCAGUGGCUGAAAGAUAAUCCCAAAAAAGUGAAAGACGACACAAAGGUAACAUGUAGAAGCCCCAGGGAUCUGGCUGGGAAAGUGGUCAGUUCGCUGGACGAAAGCCAACUGAUUUGCCCAACAACCACACCCGCUUCAACCACCCCUGAAGGCACUUCGCUACCCACUACCACUUUCCCUCCUGCUGCCACGACAAGGAUCACCACCACACUUCCUCCACCCACUGCUGAUGUUUUAUCCACGGCCACCUGUGAGCCCUUCACUACCAAGGAAGCAGCCACAAUCCUCAAAGAGACUCUGACAACAGCCCCUCAAAUCACCACCCCCACCACUGACAGCCCCAAGAAAAGCUCUGGAACUACCAGUAUCACCAGCACAGAAACUCUAAUCACAACCCCCCAAAUGACCACCACGACUCAAAGCCCCACCUCAACCACGAUGAGCCCUGAGAUCACCACUGAGGUCUCAAGCACAAUCUCUGUAUCCAUCACAGAGACUCCAACAACAGCCCCUCAAAUCACCCCCCCCACCACUGAGAGCCUCAGGAAAACCACUCAGAUCGUGGCCACCAGCAGGCCAUCCCCUGAAACUACCAGUAUCACCAGCACAGAGACUCUAAUCAUGACCCCUGAAAUGACCACCAUGACUCAAAGCCCCACCUCUACCAAGACAAGCCCUGAGAUGACCACCCCCACUACCGAGGUGUCAAGCACACCCGCUGUAUCCAUCACUACCAUAAGAACAGCCCUGAAAGUAGCCACAACUACCACUGAGUUUCCACCCACAACCCACGAAAACACAACUAUCACAAAUAUUCAAACCACAGCCUCUGAAAUUACCAGUACCAGGGUUGCAACUACCACACUUGACAUCACAACUGAGACAUCACUUGCCACCACAUCCACUGUCAGCUCAUCUACAACUGCUCAAAUCUUCACUACCAUCAGGCCAUCCACUGCAACUGCUGAUACAACCACAAGCAGCCCUGAAGCCCCUGCCACUAGACCUGUGAUCUCCAUCACAACCAGCAAGUUGGCACCUAUGACAGCUUUAUUGCUUGAGAGCACCCCUGUGGAGACAUUCUCUUCAGUGGGGGCAUCCACCCCAGGAAGCUCUGUGAUGUGCCACUACAACGCCAGCCUCCCAAAUGGAUGUGGCUCUUUGACAGCAGAACCAACCACCAGGCUGGAACUGACUGCCCCUGCUGCAACAUCCACAUCACUCACCUCUGCUGUGACACAGCCCCACGUGCCCACCAUUGGUUUGGACACAACCCCUCGAGCUGCGACCAGCUGCACAUUUUGCUCACCGUCUGUCAGCCCAGCAAGGACUUCCCCUCCAGGCCCUGGGACCAGCCACCCAGCCAGCCGUCCUCUCCUCCAGUCCCAGCUCCACUCCUGGGGGGUUUCACUCACUUCCAACUACCAGUAUUGCAAGGUGUCUCUGAUGAUGUAUUUGUCCAUGCUCGGUGUUGAAAUUUGCUGCACAGUUGCCUUGGGAAGAUUUGUGUAUGCCUUGUACAAAGCCACGUGCUCAAUGGACUUGCCGUCUGUCCCAGUACAGCUGGUGGACAUAAAGCGCUGGAAAGAGAAGCUUUAAUGGGAUUUGGUCAGCAUGAAAGAAAGUCCUCAAAUCUCCCCAGGAGGACCCACCUCUCCAGAGGUCAGCAUUGGCAGGCACCAGAGGGAGAGUCCAGCUGCUGCUGCUGCUGCUCCCUUUGCCAUCGCUGCCCACUUGCUCCAGAGGGAGAGGGGUGGGCGAGCAAGCUGGCUAGGGGGAGGAGGAGCAGUGCCCCCCCACAACCCCACUCUCCCUUUGAGCAGUUGGCAGCGGGGAUUGGGUCCAAGCUCGGCCCAGUCCCCACCCUCACUGCUCAUUGCAAGAGGGCAGGUGAGCAAGGGCAUGACUGCAGCUGCCAUCACUGCCCUCCUGCUCACCUGGUGAUGUUUGGGUUCUUUGCUAGGGCCUCCUGCUGAUGAAGAAGUGAGGAGGAGCCUCUGCUGCCACCUAGUGCCCUUCUGCUCACACUCCCUUUUAGCCCUGGACGGAGAGGAGGGAGGCCAGCAAGUCAGCUGGAAGUGGUGUCAGGAAAGGAGGAGGAGGAAGGACGAGGAGGUGAUGCUUGCAGUGUUGCACAUAUUUGUGUGUGUGUGUGUGAGAGAGAGAGACGGGGAGACGGGGAGAGACACACAGAGACCACCCCAGGGGGAAUGUCCUCUUCUGCACGUAUCUUCUGUUCCUCACAUGCUGGGGCCAUGCUAGAGUAUAACAGGUGAGGCAGUGGCAUAAUACCCCCCCCCCAGUGGUUGGCUUGGCCUGUGCCUUGCAGAGCAGGCUGAUCUGGAGCAUGGAGGGAAAUGCUUCAGCUGUGUCUCUCGCCUUCCCCGCUAGCGUGCCUGCAGAUCAAGCUGCUAUGGAAGGGAGGAGGAAGGCGGGGCGACUGACAGGUGGCCAACCCCUGAAGAUGAGGAAGGGUGCGGGGCCUGUCCUUCCCCAGGGCCAGCUGUGGCCAGUGAGUAAGAGUUAGCGAGGAAGAGGGGAAGGGGGCGGUGCAGAGGCAUUGGGGUGACUGGCUGAUGUUACUUCAGGGCUUUAGCUCACCAGCAUAAGAAUAUACUCCACUUACAGACUCUCCUUUGCAAUGUUUAUCUCUUAAACUCUCCAACCCUAUAGCUGUUAUCCUGAAGACACACAUGGUCCAUUCAUGCAGUGCUUUUAGGGUUGCCAACUGACCAGGAAACAAACCAACCUGUGCCUUUAACAACUUUGUGAUUUGCAGAAAUCAGCAAGGCAGAUUUUUGUUAUCUCCAUGCCUUUAAAAAAAAUCUUCCUUGCUGAUAUCUGUAAUAUGAACUUGCUAAAGUGAAAUUACAUAAUGAGAAGACAUGAUUCUCUAGAAAAGACAAUAAUGCUGGGAAAACCAGAAGGGAGUAGAAAAAGAGGAAGGCCAAGCAAGAGAUGGAUUGAUUCCAUAAAGGAAGCCACAGACCUGAACUUACAAGAUCUAAACAGGGUGGUUCACGACAGAUGCUAUUGGAGGUCACUGACUCAGAGGGUCACCAUAAGUUAAAAUGGCCUUGAAGGCACGUAACAACAACAACAAAGUCUACCCGCAAGAGGCAAAGGUGUAGGGGCUGGUAAAAAGGGUAUCAACCUCACUGAUGCUCAGUAAAACCCACUGAGUUCCGUGGGGCUUGCCUCCAGUGGAAUCUGCAUGAGGGCACUGCUGCUUUGAAGGCCAGUCCUAUGCAGAACUAUACCUUGUAAACGUGCAUAGGAUUAUUGCAGCUCCUGGACCAAAGCACAGCCUUGGCAUGAGUUGGGUUGGUACUCAGAGGCAGGUUCAGUUGUAGGAUCUAAUGGAACAUCUGUCCGUUCACAUCUAGUAUUAUUAGGACCAGAGGCAGCUGCCUUGUACUGAGUCAGACCACUGGUCCAAGCAGCUCAGUAUUGUCUACACUGACAGGCAGAAACUCUCCAGGGCUUCAAGGAAGAAGUCUCUCCAAAGCCCUUCUUGCAGAUGCUGCUGGGGACUGAGCCUGGGUCCUUCUGCAUGCAGGCAGGUGCUCUGCCACUGAGUCCCAGCCCUUCUCUGAAACUGCUGCUGCCCCCUUUGGAAUGGGGAAGGUCAGGGGCCGGACAAUCAUCUGUUUUGGUCUCUCCGGGUUAUCUGCCUUGGGUUCUGCUACUGCCUCGCUUCUCCUUGCCCCUCCAUUAGAAAUCUCAGCCUCCGGGGGCGGCGGCAGGGAGGCGCAAUUGGUAGUUGGUAGUUAUUUAAUGGAAUAACUGGGAAAGUGCGGGCAGCAGCAAGCAGAUUUCAUCAGGCAGGAACCUGAAUCAUAGGAAGGUUGAAAUCCCUGUUCUUCUAAUAUUCAAUAUUAAACUGAGAAAAAGCAAUGCAUUUUAAAAGCAUUUGAUGUGGUUUC